AUGGAAAAGAAAGCUAUUCACUUCGGUGGUGGAAACAUCGGCCGUGGCUUCGUCGCCGAGUUCCUCCACACUGCUGGCUUUGAAGUCGUCUUCGUUGAUGUCAUGGACAGCAUCAUCACCGCCCUACAAAACACCAAGUCCUAUCAGGUUACUGAAGUCAGUGACGAGGGCCAAUCGACCAAGACAAUUACCAAUUACCGUGCAAUCAACUCCAAGACCCAUGAGAGUGAAGUCGUCCACGAGAUCUCAACCGCCGCUAUUGUGACCUGCGCGGUGGGCCCGAACAUCCUCAAGUUCAUCGCUCCCGUAAUUGCCAAGGGAAUCGAUGCCCGCACCGAUGCCACACCCUUGGCUGUUGUUGCCUGUGAGAAUGCCAUCGGUGCCACUGAUACUCUACAUCAGUUUAUCAAGGACAACACCGCCCAAGAUCGUGUCGGCUCUAUGCCAGAUCGAGCCCGGUUUGCCAACUCGGCCAUUGACCGUAUUGUACCUGGCCAAGCCGCCGACAGCGGUCUUAACGUGCGCAUCGAGAAGUUUUACGAAUGGGCCGUGGAGUCAACACCUUUCGGCGAGUUUGGUCAUCCAAAAAUCCCGGCCAUCCACUGGGUUAGUGACUUGGAGCCCUACAUUGAGCGCAAGUUGUUCACCGUCAACACCGGUCACGCCACUGCAGCCUACUAUGGCUACAAUGCCGGCAAGAAGACCAUUGCCGAAGCCCUCCAGGAUGCUCGCAUCCGUGGCAUUGUCCGUGAUGUGCUUCAAGAAACUGCGUCCCUCAUCAUCGACAAGCAUGAAAUCAGUGCUGCCGAGCAGCAGGAGUAUGUUGAGACCAUCAUCACCCGAAUCUCGAACCCCUACCUCGAAGACACCGUGGAGCGUGUGGGUCGUGCUCCACUGCGCAAAGUAUCCCGCAAGGAGCGAUUCAUCGGCCCGGCUGCGCAGCUGGCUGAGCGUGGUGGAAAAUUCGAGUCACUGAUGGGCUCCUUUGAAAUGGCUCUGCGGUUCCAGAAUGUGGAAGGUGAUGAGGAGAGCGUAGAACUGGCCAAGGUCCUCAAGGAGCACUCGCCUGCCGAAGCUGCUGUCCGAUUGACCGGCUUGGACCGAGACCACCCCCUCUUUCCCCAUGUGGUCAAGAUCGUGGACGGCGUACAAUCCGACGCGAAGUAG